AUGAAGUAUAAACCGCAGACCUUUCGGAAGGGACGCCUUGCUGCAUUCUAUGAGAGUAGAGAAUACCUCACUGAUGAAGAUGUCCGAGACGAGCGAUACACGGAAAGAACGCAACAAGAUUCCCCACCAGAACGACCCAAUCGAAGUUACCGCCGACGAAGGAAGCAACGAGAAUCGUCCAGAAGAAAUGAAGACGCUGAGACGAUGAUUACCUCAUCCAACCUUUUCAAACUUGGAUCCGCUGGAUUGAGCAUUGCGAUCGAUAUGGUUUUGACUGCAUUUGAUCCAUGUGGAGCCCUUCAGGAUAUCAUACCUGAUCCUCCUCGCCACGAGGAUGAUCCAUUGAACGAAUCCCGGCAAAAUAGAAAGAACCAACCAGAGGAGAUCCACCUAGAGCGAACACUUACCGUGCCAUAUGCUGACGAAAAAGGCUGCGAAGAUGCGACACUGAUAAGUGGGCUGACGGAUGUGUUCACGUGA